AUGGCCGAAAACGACGUUCCGAGCAAGCCCGGGGCUGCCAUCGAGCCUUCCGGUCAAUCUUUGUCCAGUCAAAAUACGGAGAAGCCAGCAUGGUGGAAACGACGAGCUCCUACGAUUGAGGAUCACAGAGCAAAGAAUCGUGCGCACGAGUUUAAUGGGAAGCGAGGUUUUAAUGGUCAUUGGUUUCACCGGCCGGUAGAGCAAAAGAGCACGGCGCCGUUCGAUAAUGCUGCGAUGUUGGAGUCCGAUGAGAAGGGGAGAUACAUCUAUCGAAACCAGUUCGGCCAGAAAUACCAUAAACACGACGAUGUGGCUACCUAUCUCAGCCCAACGAACUAUGUUCCAAAACGAUUAGUAGUCCAAGCAACGAACUAUGUGUGUAACACCAAGCUUCAAACUGGCGACUGGAGGCGAACACAUAUCCAGGGAAACGUCCCGACCGUUUUGAAAAUUGCGGAAUGGGCCUUAAGACCUUCAGACCCAGACAAAGAAGGGAAGGCGUCUCUUCUUGGACGUGUUCACUCCGGCUUCCGAAUUCUGGCUGUUGGAUUACCUCUUCAGAUUCUAUUAUGCUUACCCACAACAGACUCCUGGGAAGGUGGUGAAAUCAAUGACAAUUAUUCCAACUUCCCUGGGUACCACUGGAAGUGGCCGAAAUAUGCGACGAAUCCUCUCGAUAUGAGGCCUGCUCCAGCCGGACAAGAAAUUGUAACGCAUAACCAGUCGUCGAAGAGGCGCCUUCUACGCCCCCGGCAACUCAUCAUAUUAAAAGAUGGCAAAUGGGUCCUCGAUCCAAAUCCAAGCAGAACCACUUCCUACCUCUUCAUCAGUUACGCCAAUAUGCAUUUUGAUACCGACCACUCAGAAACCGGACGACGUAUGGUUGAGGACAUGGCUGCAUUCGCAGCCAUCAAGGCUGGCAAGCAAGCAUACUGGCUCGACUACCGCUGCCGUGCCCCAGAAGCCGGACCAGAACUCGACGCGGACGUAUAUCGUAUGUGCGAUGUGAUACGCGGCGCAUAUCAAGUGGUGGUCAUGCUCAAAGGCGAUGCACUGAGACUGAAGCAAGAUUGGGGCUCGAGAAUGUGGACACUGCCAGAAGGUCUUUUGGCAACAGGGCAAAACGUCUACUUCUGUACCCCCGAAGAAGACUCCUUCAAAAUUACCACCAUGAAUAAGGUCGAAAUGAGCGGUUCGAUUUGGGAAGAUACGGAAGUCGACGAUGAAGACAGCCCUACGCGACUCCUCGCCGAGCACUUCACGGGGGUCCUGACUCUCUCCCGGCUCGAGAUCUUGUCCAACGCCAUUGCAGCCCUUGGUGAUCGAGCUUACAAAAACUAUCACUCUCAUACUAGGGGUGACAUCGCAUAUGCACUCAUGGGUCUUCUUCACUACCGCAUCGAAAAAGAGCCCAAUGACACGGCUUUCCAAGCCCUCGCCCGACUCUCCCUGGCAAACGACAGUGACCGCCUCAUCGAACGUAUGGUCUGUCUCUUCCCUGACCCCAGCAAACCAGAAGUCUCUGCCUUUAUGCAACUCGCCCAGCCGGAUAUGUACCAAGCCCAUCUCUGGGACAUUGACCCGCUGUGUCAAGUAGUAGGUGUAGGUGACGAGGACAACACAGUUAUGCUAGAUGGUUGCAAGGCUGUGCACAUCCGCUGGAAGAAUUUCCCACGUGUGGCCACUGUCCGACACUACGGCAUGAAGAAACUCUUAGCUGAGCUAUUCGUCCGCAGCGGCGCAUGGUGGUUCCUUUUCGGUAUCAACCUAACCAUCACCUACGCGCCCUUUAUAACAUUUAGCGGCUUCGCAUCGCAAUCCAGUCUUAUUCUAGCCUUGGAACUCCUGUUAGGCUCGUUCUUUGUAGUCGGUUUACUCCUCUCCUUCAUUGGACCAUACUCCGUGCGCAGACUAUAUGGCGGCCGAGUUUUGGAGAGCACGCCCAAUUUAAUAGCAUUUGAAGGUGUACUUCCGCUCAGGAAACUUGAACCCAUCGUCUUUGGAAAUAACUCCGGGCGACUCUCCUACGAACCCUCAUCCACACCAUUCUCUCUCCCGUUCCGCGACCCUAGCGAGCGCAUCGGUCUCGAGCCCACGUGGAUAUCAUCGGGCAACCCUGCCGAUGUCAAAGAAGUAGAGGCAGCGCUCCCUAAAGGCCAACGGUUAUUUACGCUUGUCGAUACUGGCAGUUUGAACGUCAGUGUUUUUGCAGCUGAGAACCCUCCUACGGUAGCACUAUUGUGUGGUAGGGAAGGAGGCAUGUUGAGGGCUGUGCUUUGCAGCUGGAGGUUUAGGAAUGAUUGUUUAGUUAGGGAGACAGUUAUUAGGAUGCCGAGUGCUGUGCUGGAGGCGGCGGCGGCGAGGUCUUGGUUGAAGGUCUCUUUGGGCAAGGGAGCCGUUACGGAGGAGGGUAAGGUGUAA